CUGUGAAGUCCAACAUGCGUCCAACUUUGGGACUCUAAAUUAACUUAUUAAUUUACAACUAUACAAAUACAAAUUCUCCCCCAUUUUUACACUCUCUCUCCUCACUCUCUCUCUCCUGCUUUCUACUUUCUCUCUCCUCUUUUCCGGCGAAUGCCGCUGCACUUUCCGGCGACAUUCUCGCCGUCACUUUCACCGGAAUCCGCCAUUACUAAAACCUCCACUUUCUGAAAAACUCUUACCUCAUUUUCUCUCUCUUUCUCUCCUUUUUUGCACCUUUUUUAAAAACCUCCAUUUUUUCAACAAUGUCGAUGAUUCAACCUCUUAUCUUCCUUCUUUCUCUCUCCUCUCUCUUCCUCUUCACAACUUCAGAUGAUGCAGCUGCUCUUCUCACAUUCAAAUCCGCCAUUUCUCAUGACCCUUACAAUCUCCUCUCUAACUGGUCUCCUGCUACUCAUCACUGUUACUGGCGUGGAAUUUCUUGCGAUUCUGUUAACGGUAGAGUUGUUUCUCUUAAUCUUACUUUUCCGGUGAGUCUUGCCGGAACCCUAGCUUCUUCCGUCGGGAAUUUGACGGAACUUAGGGUUUUGUCGAUUCCGUAUCAUGAGUUUAACGGUGAGAUUCCUUCUGAGAUUUGUGCGUUGCGAAAUUUGGAGGUGAUUGAGCUUCAAGGGAAUAAUUUCACUGGAAGGAUCCCUAAUGAGAUAAGAAAUCUUACUUCUUCUUCGCUUCGUUUGGUUAAUUUGUCGUUUAAUUUUCUUAGUGGGAAGAUUCCUGGUGGUUUGAUUGGUUCUGGGAAAAUUAGGGUUGUUGAUUUGUCUGAUAAUCAGCUCUCUGGUAAGAUUAAUGUUGGGCGUGAUUGUUUGUUGCUUAGACAUUUGAAGCUUUCGAAUAAUUUUUUGGUUGGUGAUAUUCCUGGUGAGAUUGGUAAAUGUUUUAAUUUGAGGACAUUGUUGCUUGAUGGGAAUAUUUUGGAAGGGAGUAUACCUCCUGAGAUUGGUCGACUUUCGGAACUUAGGGUCUUGGAUGUUUCUAGGAAUAGUUUAACGGAUAUGAUUCCUAGGGAGCUUGCGAAUUGUCGUAAGUUGGUGGCUCUUAUGCUGACCAACUUGGUAGAGUAUAGUGAUGAUAGAUCAUUGGAUAUUUUUAGAGGUGAGUAUAAUGCAUUUGUGGGAGGUGUUCCUGUAGAGGUAUUUAUGAUUCCUGCUUUGCAGGUUUUCUCGGCACCUAGAGCGAAUAUUGGCGGUCGUUUGCCUGGGAAUUGGAGUGAGUUUUGUUCCCUGAGAGUUCUUAAUUUGGGUCAGAAUUAUAUAGAUGGUAUUAUCCCUGAGGGAAUUGCAAUGUGUAAAAACUUGACUUUUUUGGAUUUAAGUUCAAAUGGUCUUUCUGGAAACUUUCCUUUGGAGCUUCAAGUUCCAUGUAUGGUGUAUAUGAAUGUUAGUUGGAAUACACUUUCUGGCCCUCUUUUACCAUCCCUCAAUUACACUUGUGGUGGAGGCAUGAACUUGAGAGGGAACGAUUUGUAUUUUCUUGAUGAAGAGGAUAUUCGGAAAGUAUACUCCAGCUUCAACGUGUGGGAUUCGCAAUUGAAUGGGCAACGAGGUGCAAUGUCAGAUGAUAGUCUGGUGAUAAAACAUGACUUUGGUUGGAAUAACUUCACUGGUCCGUUGCCUUUAUUUUCUUUGUCAGAUGGGUUGCUCGUUUCCAAUGGCAAUGUUUCAUACGAGCUUUUGCUGAAUGAUAAUGGCUUCAAUGGGUCUGUUCCUGGCAAGCUGUUAUCUGGUUGUCGAAAUUUUCGUACUGUUUCUGUGAAUCUGACUUCCAACCAAUUAUCUGGUGAGAUAUCCCCGACACUGCUUCAGGAUUGUCUAGAACUUACGAGUUUUGAAGCAGCACAGAAUCAGAUGUGGGGAUCUAUAUUGUCAGGUAUCAGCGACUUGCUUAUGCUUAGACAUCUUAAUUUAAGAGAAAACCAGUUAUCUGGGUCUCUUCCUAAGCAACUGGGAGACUUAAAAACUCUCAAAUCACUACUUCUUGGCGGGAACAACUUCACUGGGGAGAUUCCUCCUCAUCUAGGUAAAUUGACUUACCUUGAGGUCUUGGAUCUCUCUGAAAACAAUCUCAAAGGGCCAAUUCCUAGUGAAUUGGCAAAUGCAAGCAAUCUAAAAGUUCUUCUGUUGGAUCACAAUUCCCUUACUGAUAAAAUACCUUUUUCAUUCUCGUCCUUCUCCCAUCUUGUGGAUCUGGAUGUCUCUUACAACAACCUCACGGGUCAUAUUCCGCACCUGCAAAGUAUAAGUGAUUGUGAAAGCUUCAAGGGGAACAAAUUUCUGCAUCCAUGUCCUGAUCCAUAUUCUGUUCCACCUGCUGGUCUGCCUGUCCCCCUCCAAGUUGAGAAUUUGCACGGUGGAAGAAAAAGGAAGUCCUUAAUAAUUGCAACAGCAGCAUCUGUCUCGGUUGUAAUCGGCGUUCUUCUGGUGGUAGUUCUUGGCCUUACUCUUGGUAAAAAGAAGCUGGGCAGACUCAGUUGCCUCAGAAGAAAAGUAGUUGUGACUUUUGCUGAUACCCCUGUUGUAUUGACUUACGACAAUGUGGUCAGUGCAACAGGAAAUUUCAGCAUUCGAAAUUUAAUAGGUACUGGGGGCUUUGGAUCAACUUACAAGGCUGAACUAGUACCAGGUUAUCUUGUAGCUGUGAAGAGGUUGUCCUUAGGCAGAUUCCAAGGGAUUCAACAAUUCGAGGCAGAGAUUAAGACAUUAGGGAGAGUUAGACAUAAGAAUCUCGUAACCCUUAUUGGAUACUAUGUAGGAGAUACUGAAAUGUUUUUGAUUUACAACUAUCUUUCUGGGGGGAACCUUGAGACAUUCAUACAGGAUAGAUCAGCAAAUAAUGUGAAAUGGCCAGAAAUUUACAAGAUAACAGUGGAUGUAGCUCAUGCACUUGCCUAUCUUCACUAUUCAUGUGUUCCUCGGAUAGUUCAUAGGGAUAUCAAGCCUAGCAAUAUUCUUCUUGAUGAGGAGCUUAAUGCCUAUUUGUCUGACUUUGGAUUGGCUCGGCUGCUUGAAGUUUCUCAAACCCAUGCCACAACUGAUGUGGCAGGCACAUUUGGAUAUGUGGCACCAGAAUAUGCAACGACAUGUAGGGUUUCGGACAAGGCUGAUGUUUACAGCUUCGGUGUCGUGCUUUUAGAGUUGAUGUCAGGGAAGAAGACUCUUGAUCCAUCAUUUUCUGAGUAUGGUAAUGGAUUUAACAUUGUUGGAUGGGCCAUGUUAUUGAUGGAUGAAGGACGGUGCUCUGAGUUCUUUUACUCGGAAUUGUGGGAGGCUGGGCCUGAGGAGAACUUGUUGAAAAUGUUGCAGCUUGCAUUGUCUUGCACUAUGGAGUCACUUGCUAUCAGGCCAUCAAUGAAACAGGUUCUUGAGAAAUUGAAACAGCUGAGCUCCUGAAAGUAAGAUGUGAUGUUCGAUACAAGUGUGACACUUAAGCUUGUUGUACAGCAGGUUAUUAGAUUGAACGUCAAAGAACUCAAGAUGAGUUCAGCACCUCAGUUGGAGCCAACAUCCAAGGGGAGUUAGAUGAAUUUAAUACCUCAGUUGGAGCCAACAGCCAAGGGGAGUUAUGAAAAUUCAGGCAGGAGACCGAGUUUUGCAGUUAGUACUUAGUUCGUGGCUCUCUGAGAUGGAUCUAUGUUUCUUUUAUCCUGCGGAUGUGAAUUUGGCCAUGAAGGCUGUCGGAUUUUACACUCACCCCUAAUUAGGGUAUUUGAUGAAAUGAUUUAUGUGCAAUUGCGUGUUCAUCAAAAUUCAUGGAUGUAAAUAAGUUGGGGAAGAUUGAGGGCAAUACGCGGUCAGCUAUCGGUGAAAGCGAACAGGGAAUAAUAAAUAAUCUCUUUCUUGACUUGGUAAAAAAAAGUCAUAUGGGAAUGAUAUGGAAGAAUAGCCUCAAAGUUGGAACUAUCAUGAGUUAAUCAAUUGUUGGUUCUGUUUAAAAGAGUGUUGGGACUAUUGGCGUCAAAUUUUCUUAUACUAUCUGUCUCAUUAAAGUGACUCGUCUUACUUCUUUAGGUGAAAAGACGAAAGAUGAUUCCAAGAUUUGCUUUUUAGGAUACAAUCCCUCUCUUUUACAGGUGGAGAGCGUGAUAUUAGCAUGUUAGAUCUGAUAAGUCGAGGAACCUUAUGUUAUGUGAUAGUGUAAUUUUUUUUAUGUUUACUUAGGCCAGUGGAAAAUUUUGGAGGAUUGUAUGUUACUGAGCUGAUGUACUGUUAUAUGCACUAUGCAGUGAAUUUUUUUUUUAAAGCAGAUGGAGGAUUGUAACAAGUUGAUAUAA